CUCUGCUUGGAGCUUUUUGGCCUAUGUGGCCUUCUCCCAAAAGUUUCUCUAGAGAAAGAAUUUGAUUCAUCAUUUGAUGUGGUUGAAUGUGAUUGUAACAAAGCUUCUUCAAACAUGGAGUUCUUGCUGGGAACGAGGCCAUGUCCACCUGUAGAUCCCACUCCAGAUUCACCCUAUGAUGUUUGGGUGAGACAAGAUCAAUCCAUUCAACAUGCAAUUUUGACUUCAAUUGCUGAAUCUAUUCACCCAUAUGUGGCCAGUACUGAAAUCGCCCAUGAAGCAUGGAUUGUGCUGGAACGACUUUAUGCCAAUAACUCUCAAACCAGAAUUGUGGCACUCAAGGAACGAUUGUCGAAUCUCAAGUGUGAAAGCAGAGCAAUCACCGACUAUUUGCGUACGAUCAAGGAGCUUAUUGAUCGUAUUAGCCGUGCUGAGAAAACACCCCUCUCCAAUUCAACAAUACAAGUGCAUUUCUUGAAUGGUCUCGGAUCAGAGUACCGCGAGUUCAAAGCCUCUAUACGAGCGCGAGAUGGACCGCCAUUGUCCUUUGAAGAUUUGCAGGACAGAUUGUUGGCAUAUGAAGAGUCUUUACAGCGAGACGACUCUCGCCAAGAAUUGCAAGCCCCAUUGACGGCACAGUUUGCAACCGCUACUCCUAAGGUUAAUGGUGACUAUCAUAAUGCUAUGAACAAUGUGCAGCUGACUUCCUUCAAUUCUUAUGGACCUUCAUCCAAUCACCCCACUAGAUAUGGCAGCUCAAAUUGGCAAUUUAAUGGUCCAGUGAACCGUGGAAACAGGGGUGGUCGUGGUCGAGGUGGUCGACGAAAUUCAGCCAACAGGUACAAUAAUCGUAAUAACUUUGCCUGUCAAUUGUGUAAUGGUUUUGGCCAUUUUGCUAGGAAUUGCCCAGAUCUCAGGAAUCAUGCACAUGUGGCAAAUUUUGCAUCCACAUCUCGCAAGGCAAGAAAUGAAUGGUGGAUCGAUUCUGGUGCAUCCGAUCAUGUUACCCCAGACUUGUCUAACCUUGCAUUACAUUCGGAAUAUGGUGGACCAGAUGAACUGCUUAUUGGGGAUGGAUCAGGUUUGACUAUCUCACAUGAUCGCAUCACGGGAGUGACGCUUCUUCGAGGGCACAAUCAUCAUGGCGUGUACCGCCUACCCGCCCAAGGUCCACCUAAGACGGGUCCAAUGGCAAUGGUUGGAGAAAGAGCAUCUAUUAUGGAUUGGCAUGCAAGAUUGGGUCAUCCUUCGUCUAAAACUCUCAAUAAAAUUUUUCACCAUGUUAAAUUACCUAUUUUAGAUCGAUCUCGAUUUUCUUUAUGUUACUCUAUUGAUCAUAUGAGUUAUAAAUGCUUUGAUCCCAUUUCUGGAAAGGUCUUUUACUCCAGACAUGUUGUCUUUGAUGAGCAUGAUUUUUUCUACCAAAAAUCCCACAACUUAGUCGCAGGUGGUGGCACUCAAUCCUCUGCUAGCCCAUCCGAAUUAGCUACUGUUUCUCCACUGGACAUUGCUAGCCCUCAAGCGUGCUCUCAUGGUGUGGCCCAUCCACAUGACCCUCAGGUAAACUCUCCCACUCAUCAUCUCUCUUCCUUCUUACCUCCUAUGGUCCAAUGUCCCCCAAAUCCUCCAUCUCCAUCUCAUACCCGUGAGCCCUCCUACCCACCCACAGUCAAGGACCUAAGCCACAUAUCUUUGAAUCCUUCAACCUCAGCCCAUCCCACCUCCAAGGAACCACACCUAGAACAUCUAUCCCCCACUCAUGGCUCUCCUCGGGCCCAUUUGCCCUCACUUCCCUCAUCCCCGAUCCACCUAGUUUCCUCCAGUCCCUCUACUACCUCUUCCAGUUCCACUUCUUCACCUACAAUGUCUGCUCCUCACCCCACCGGACCUACACGAACUCACAGUAUGACCACCCGUUCUCAAAAUAAUAUCUUUAAACCUCGCACUCUAUUCCUUGCCACAAAGCACCCUCUCGACAGUUCGAUUGAACCCACUUGUGUAAGUCAAGCUUUGAAAAAUCCUCAAUGGCGUCAGGCCAUGUCUGAUGAGUUUAAUGCUUUGGUUAGACAGGGUACUUGGGAACUUGUUCCUCGCACUGAUGUUCAACAUGUCAUUGGCUGUAAGUGGGUGUUUCGUGUCAAACGGAAUAAGGAAGGUGGUAUUGACCGAUACAAAGCACGUCUUGUGGCUAAAGGAUUUCACCAACGACCUGGGUCCGAUUACUUUAAUACCUUUAGCCCGGUGAUCAAACCUACAACAAUUCGUACAGUGCUUUCGUUGGCUGUGAAUAAACACUGGCCUAUUCGCCAAUUGGAUGUUAAUAAUGCUUUUUUGCAUGGGAAGUUGGAAGAAGAGUUGUUUAUGGAGCAACCACCAGGUUUUGUUGAUAGCUCUCAGCUCCAACAUGUUUGCCGCCUUCGUAAGUCCAUCUAUGGUCUCAAACAGGCUCCUCGUACUUGGUACCAAGAGCUCAAAACAUUUCUACUUCAGCAUGGUACCGAGAAGCUAGUUGAAUCAAUUAUCUCCUUAAUGGGUGCCACCUUCUCUAUCAAAGAUUUGGGUUGCCUCAACUAUUUUCUUGUGAAAGUAGAGGAUGGCUACAAAUAUGAAUCAGUAAUCGGCUCUGUUGGUCUUGAAGUAUUUACUGUGUUGGUGAAGGACACUAUGGCCUUUUCAACUGCCUUCAAGCUUUGCCUUGUUUCCUCUAUAUCCUACGCAAGCCUUCGCACCUAUGAUGCUAUUGACAAAGAGCUUCUGGUUUAGAUCUACCCAUAUCGUCAUUGGAAUUUGUUCUUGAUGAAGAGAAGGUUCUCAUUCCUCUAUUAUUUCCAGAAUUUUGAAUGUUGUUGGGAGGUGUUAAUGAAUUUCCCAAGUUUGC